UUUUGGGUUUUUAUUCUGUUAUUAUGGAAAAGUACAGUUUUGUUUCUUUGAAAUUAUGCUUUGAAAUCUAAAUGAAAACGUGGAUGGAUCAAGGAACUUCUGGCUUAGGAAGGAGAAAGGUCAUUCUUUCAGGUUCUUAAGGGAGCAAAUGGAUUUAUGCAGCUUUGGACAUCAAAGUGGGGCAAAGGGACCAAGCCAUGGCGCUCAUGUUCUCAAACUGCGGCCGUCUGAGCUAUCCUUUUUCCACUCUAACCGUUUCCACCACCACCCCGACGCCGCUCUCCGCCACCAAUUUGCCGGAGCUUCCGUCUCUGCGAUUUGUACCUCCGCCACUCCACAGCACUCCUCGAAGGAUUCAAAUCCCGAGUGCCAGAAACCCUCAGUUCUCAGGUUCCAGCAAGCAGCUCAACGUCUCCAGGUUGAUGCUGGGACUAUGAAUCCUUUGAUCUACCUCAGGGUUCUUGGUCCUAAACUGUGGAAUGCUGACGAGAAUGUAAAGUUUGAUCAUUUGGAUAUCCGAAAAGUCUUAGAGUUGUGGAUUCUGGCUUUUGGGUGGUUCCUCUUCAAUGUCUGACAGAGGCGUCGUUUCACCAUCUAGAAUCACCGCCAAAGUUUUGAAGAUGUCGAUGACUGUGUUCCGGUGACAAACUUUGCUCCUCUUAUUUCUUGAUUCAAUUUUUUUUUGUUUUGGUAAAUGUGUUGGGUUAACGAGAAAGUGUGGGAAAAUCAGAUGAAAGAUUGGGCUUUUU